ACUGUCAUUUCUGCAAAGAGUGAGGUUAGUUUUUAUUUCGUUGUAAGAUCGUUAACAAUAGUGGAGAAAUGUUAACAGAACUUAUAAAGCUGAUGUAAUAAUAAUUUAUAACACGUUUUGAGAAUAUAUAUUUUGGAUUAAGUCAGAUUCAUUUUCUAAAUAUUCAAACAAAUUGACAAUAUGUCUAAAAGAACACAACCUCUUUGGUCGCCACCUUCUCAAGAAAAACAGCCCGUUUUAAAGCUAUAUAAUAGUUUAACAAGACAAAAAGAAGUUUUUACGCCGAUAUCGGGUAAAAGGGUUCAUUGGUAUAGUUGUGGCCCUACCGUGUAUGAUGCAUCCCAUAUGGGACACGCAAGAUCGUAUAUUACUUUUGACAUCUUGAGACGUGUUCUCACCGAUUAUUUUAAUUAUGAUAUUUUAUAUGUUAUGAAUAUAACAGAUAUUGAUGAUAAAAUUAUUAAAAGAGCACGCCAGAAUUAUUUGUUUGAAAAGUAUGCUUCAGAGAAAAAAGAUCUAAAGAUAAUAGUCGCUGAUGCAUCUUCAGUUCUGAGUAACUUGACUAAAAAAGCAAAAGAAAAUGGAGAUCCUGAUAAAAAGCCAAUGUAUGACAAGAUUUUAACAAGAUUAAAUGAAUCAAUAGAAAAUUUAGAAAAUGCAAUUAGAAGUGGAAAAUCAAAAUCUAUAGAAGAAGCUCAACAGAGGUUUAUUAUUGAAAGCAAAGAUCCUUUAUCAGAUUGGUUAGAUUCAAAGUUAGGUGCUACAGUUACAGAUAAUGCAAUUUUUUCCUCACUACCAAAAUAUUGGGAAGAUGAAUUUCAUAAAGAUAUGGAUUCAUUAAAUGUUUUAAGACCUAAUGUACUUACCAGAGUCAGUGAACACAUUCCUGAAAUCCUUCAAUUUAUUGAAGGAAUUAUAGCAAAUGGUUUUGGAUAUGAGGCCAAUGGUUCUGUAUAUUUUGAUGUUGCCUCAUUUGAUAAAAAAGAUAAGCACCAUUAUGCUAAGUUGGUACCUGAGGCUUAUGGUGAUUUUUACAGUUUACAGGAAGGAGAGGGUGAUCUAAUGACUGCUGAUAUGCGCAGCGAAAAGCGAUCGCCUAAUGAUUUCGCUUUGUGGAAAAAAAGCAAACCCGGAGAACCCUCUUGGCAAUCGCCAUGGAGCUUGGGACGACCCGGCUGGCAUAUUGAAUGUUCAGCGAUGGCUUCAACUAUAUGCGGUCCCUAUUUAGACAUACAUACAGGGGGAGUAGAUCUCAAAUUUCCUCAUCAUGAUAAUGAAAUAGCACAAAGUGAGGCUCAUUUCGGAAAUUCCGACUGGGUAAAAUAUUUUCUUCAUUCAGGCCAUCUAACUAUUUCUGGCUGCAAAAUGUCAAAAUCGUUAAAGAACUUCGUUAGCAUUCAAGAUGCUCUGUCAAAAUACACCGCUCGUCAGUUGAGAUUUGCUUUUCUACUACAUUCAUGGAGGGAUACACUGGACUACAGUCAGAAUACCAUGGAAUGUGCUGUGCAGAAUGAAAAACAGUUUAACGAAUUCUUCCUUAAUGUUAAAGAUGUUACAAGGGGUUUGAGUCAAGUUAAAACAUCCUUUGAUACAUUUUCUAAAUGGUCAGAAUGGGAAUUGAGUCUUAACAAAAAAUACUUAGAAACCAAGGAAAAUGUCCACCGAGCUCUCUGCGAUAAUAUCGACACAAAAACAGCUUUAGACGCAUUAAGGGAUUUAGUCGGCGCUGUCAACAUAUACUUAAAAGAUCGAAAACCGCCAAAUAAAGUGCUGUUAUACGAUAUUGGCGUUUAUAUAACAAAAAUUUUAAGUGUGUUUGGUACUACCUAUGAAACUGCAAAAUUAGGCUUUACUUCGUCAAGUACUACAUCGGGCGAUUCAGAACAAACUAUUAUGCCGUACUUAAGUAUUUUGGCAGAUUUUAGAGAUAAAGUAAGAACGGAUGCUCGAAAUUUGAAAGCCACUGAUAUAUUAAAUGAAUGUGAUAGAAUAAGGGAUGAAACUCUUCCAAAUGUUGGAGUUCGAUUAGAGGAUAAAGAAGACGGUAGCAGUGCUGUAAAAUUGGUGGACAGAGAGACACUAUUAAAGGAAAAAGAAGCAAAGAAGAAGGCUGAGCAAGAAAAACUAUUAUUGAAAGAACGGAAAAAAGCUGAAUUAGCCGCGGCUCAAGCAGCGAAAGAUGCGCAGAAGAAAAUCGCUCCGAGUGAAAUGUUUAGGUCAGAGACUGAUAAAUAUUCCAAAUUUGACGAUAAAGGAUUUCCCACGCACGACACAGAGGGCAAAGGGAUUAGUAAAGGUCAGAUAAAGAAAUUACAAAAAUUGUAUCAAGCCCAAGAAAAGAAAUAUGCAGAAUAUUUAGCGUCCCAAAAUUCAUAAUGUGAUUUUUUGUGAUUAAAAAUUAUUUUUGAAGGUUUUAAAACGUAACAAAUUUAAAUACUUAUCAAUCCAAAACUGAUUUUUUGUUCAUUUUUGAAAAGAAUUUAUACUGGGUUUAUUAUUAAUUACUGCAAUUAAUAUCAUUUUUCUUAAGAGGGGGGAGAAAUAUUCAAAAAAUAUCAAAUCAGAGAUAUGAUCUCUUUCGCAUUUAGUUUUAUUUAUUACAAUUUAAGCAGAAUGUACUGCUGAAUUUUAUCUAAUACAAUGCAAAUAUCAGUGAUUGAUAAUCAAGGGUAUUAUCAAGGUAAUGAAAAUUAUUUAUUUUUUGGUAAAAUGAAUAGAAUUUUGUUAAAAUGAAAGUAGUAAUAAUUUCGUCGUCUUCAUCAUGAAGAGGCCUAACCAACUAUAAAUUUUACAGUAGGACUAACAUACGAAAACGGGUUAGGUUUAAAGCAUCGUAGUCAUCUCAAGUUCUCAAGGGUUACUUGAGAAUAUCAAAAUAUCUCAGUUUUUAAAAUUUUAUUAGAUUUCUUCAUGAGAAAGGCGACGAUUUAUUUCUUUUUUAUAAUUUUGAAAAUAUUUCUUUAUAAUAAUUUCAUACAUAACUAUUUAUUUAUAUGAUUAAAUAAAUUAAAACAAAAAGUAACACAUGCAAUGUUAAGUGAAAAAUGUUAUGUAUAAUUAUAUCCAUUGAUUCACUUUUAAGUAUUUUUAGUAAUUUAUUAUAUCUAUUUUAUAAAAUAAAAUAAAUUAUUACCUAUA